GCCGAGAGCGCGCGCCUCCCGCCCUCGCGCCGGGUCCCGCUCAGUCUGUCAGCCGCACACUCCCUAGAGCUCCUGCCAGGGCCGUCGCCUCGGCCGCGGCUCUUCAGCCCGGCGGCUCAGCCUUGGCCUCUCGGCGCCCUGUCUCAGAUCGCCUCCCCGCUUCACCACUACCCUUCCUUUCCCGCCCUCCUGACCCACCCACCCCACUGAGAGAGCCUGGAUACGAAGCAGGAGGGCUUGAGAAGGGGGUUGGAAAAAUGGAGGUGCCGCGCCUGGAUCAUGCCCUCAACAGCCCCACCAGCCCCUGUGAGGAGGUGAUCAAAAACCUUAGCCUGGAGGCCAUUCAGCUGUGCGACCGGGACGGUAACAAAUCACAAGACAGUGGCAUAGCAGAGAUGGAAGAGCUUCCUGUACCACAUAACAUCAAAAUAAGCAAUAUCACAUGUGACUCAUUCAAGAUUUCAUGGGAAAUGGAUUCAAAAUCCAAAGACCGAAUUACACACUAUUUCAUUGACCUCAACAAGAAAGAGAACAAGAACUCUAAUAAAUUUAAACACAAGGAUGUUCCAACAAAAUUGGUGGCAAAAGCUGUUCCCUUGCCAAUGACUGUCCGUGGACACUGGUUUCUGAGCCCAAGAACUGAAUAUACCGUAGCAGUGCAGACUGCCUCAAAACAAGUUGAUGGUGAUUAUGUUGUAUCUGAAUGGAGUGAAAUUAUAGAAUUCUGCACAGCAGACUAUUCAAAAGUUCAUCUAACACAACUGUUGGAGAAGGCUGAAGUGAUUGCAGGACGUAUGCUUAAAUUUUCUGUUUUUUAUCGUAACCAGCACAAAGAAUAUUUUGACUAUGUUCGAGAACACCAUGGGAAUGCUAUGCAGCCCUCUGUCAAGGAUAACAGUGGUAGCCAUGGCUCUCCUAUCAGUGGAAAAUUAGAAGGCAUCUUCUUCAGCUGCAGCACUGAAUUCAAUACUGGGAAGCCACCCCAGGAUUCACCUUAUGGAAGAUACAGGUUUGAGAUUGCAGCGGAAAAACUUUUUAACCCCAACACUAACCUAUACUUUGGGGACUUCUACUGUAUGUACACUGCUUAUCAUUAUGUGAUUCUUGUUAUUGCCCCUGUGGGAUCACCAGGAGAUGAAUUUUGUAAGCUGCGCCUUCCGCAACUCAAUUCCAAGGAUAAUAAAUUUUUGACCUGUACAGAAGAAGAUGGGGUGCUGGUUUACCACCACGCCCAGGAUGUCAUUUUAGAAGUCAUUUUUACUGACCCUGUGGAUCUUUCUCUGGGCACCGUGGCAGAAAUCACUGGUCAUCAGCUCAUGAGUUUGUCUACUGCAAAUGCAAAGAAAGAUCCGAGCUGCAAAACCUGUAAUAUCAGUGUUGGACGUUAAUGCCCACUUUUCUUAUUCUUACUCAGCCCUUUUUCUUCCCUUAGGACCAUUCUCUGUUAUCCAUUUUUAUCAUCAGAUGUUUUCCACUGAAGCAUGCACAUGCCGCUAUCACCAAAAGUAAACUACCACUUUUCAAAUUUCAUUCAGAGCUGUUUUAGUGUUUCCUAUUCCCCACCUUUCCCACUACUUUCAAUGAUGUUUUCCUUCUGACACUUUGCCUAGAUGCUGCAAUGUUUUUAUUUUUACUUUAUGCCAAACAUAACAAAACAAUUAUAGACCGCUUUAGCAAAAUACAAAAUAAUGGCUUAUAAAUGGUGUUUAAAUGUGCAUUCAUUUUAAUCUACUGAACAAAUAUUGGGAUAACUCCAAACAGCAUGAAAGGGUGUAAUUGCAGCAUGAGUUAAAUCUUGAAGCCUAGAAUUGUCAGCACUUCCAACUUGUUGUUUGACAGUGUUAUUUAUGUUAUUUAUAUUAGCUAACAGGAAACAACUACUGUGUUUCAACAUAAUAAAUAUAAUAGAAAAAUAUUUUAUUUGUAUUGUUGUAUAAAAUAUUUACAAUCAUAUAGAAUAUAUAGUUACAUUUUAAUAGCAAUUGUAUACAUGUCACGAAACCAUUUCCCUUAUCAAAGAUGUAAUUUGUAAACCUCAAAUAGUUGUGUAUUUGUCCUGUUACAAGUAGAUGACUUCAAUUAAACAAAUUUAUGAAGGACAUUAUUCUCAUUCAUAAAAGUUAUGAAAUAUACAGAGAAAAUGAGCCUCUGAAAUAGUUUGCUUCUGAAACCAUCAAUAUUCUCAUCCAAACUAUAUGAAAAUGUGAAUUUCUUCAUGCUUAAACAAUACAUAAAAUAGAAAUGAUUGGUACAUGAGAGGAAAAAUGUCAACCUUUUACUUGUUUUUAUAAAAAAGCAAUUUAGUACAAAAUAACAAAACAAUAUACACUGAUGUUGAUGAAGCAAAUAAAAUAUUCUGGUUUCUUUGCCAA